AAAGUACGGCACGGACCGGUUUUUGUGUGCAAAAGUAACAUGUCCGAGCUUGCGACCGAAACGAAACGAUUAAGUCCCAUCGACGAGCUGAUAUCUCCCACCGUACGUGUGAUCCGCGAGGUUUACGAAGGCGAAAAUGCACACGAAAUGUUCCAGUCCGACCUCAACAAGGCACUGUUCGAUAAGGUGCGCUUCAUCGUCAUCGAACCGACCCGACUCGGUGAGGAAACGGAACGAUGGAUCGCGGUCGGCAACUGUCUGCACAAAACCUCCCUAGUCAGUAGUGCCGCAUCGAUAGCAAUUAGUCUCAUCUGGAGGGAAAGGCUCACAAUCUACAGUGCUUCCUUCUGUGCCGUAUCGAUGUUCUGCACCAGCCUGUACGCCAUCUGUUGGACCUGUGAUCCGUGUGUGGAGUAUCAGGUGGAGCGAAAACAGAGAAACCUCAUGAAAAUCCCCGUCCCGGAAGGUGCGUCAUCGCCGGUGGUGCUGGUGCACACUGGGAAUCGGCUCGCCACGUACAGCCACCGAAUUAUGACCGCCCUAGCGACGUCCGUAUGCGUGUGGACCGUGUAUAGGGCAUUAAAAUAG